CGCCGUGCCGGCAGCCAGCGCCGCUCCGUGUCGGAUCGCGCCGGGACGUGCCGGGCCAUACGGGGCUGUACCGGACCGCGCUGGGCUGUGCCAGGCCGUACCGGGCCGAACCGGACCGUGCUGGGCUGGAGCACCUGAGUCGUGUGGGACCGUGCUGGGCUGUACCGGACCAUCGUGAGCUGGGCCGUGCCGGGCCAUACUGGGCUGUGUUGGGCCGUACUGGGCUGUGCUGGGGCAGCCUGGGCUGUGCCAUACGGAGCGGUGCUGAGCUGUGACCGAGCCCUGCGGGCCGUGCCCUGCGCCCUGCUGCCCAGCCAUGGUGGCGGGGAUGCUGAUGCCGCUGGAGCGGCUCCGCUCCAUCCUGGAGCUGCUGUUUCGCGAGGGUGUCCUGGUCGGGGAGCGGGACGGCUGCCCCCGGCGCACCCACCCGCAGCUGCCCGGCGUGGCCAACGUGGAGGUGCGGCGCGCCAUGGCCUCGCUGCGCUCCCGCGGCCUCGUGCGACAGACGGCGGCCUGGCGACACCUCUACUGGUACCUGACGGACGCCGGCGUGGCCCACCUGCGCCAGUACCUGCGGCUGCCGCCGGACGUGGUGCCGCGCUCCCUGCAGCGCGUCCCGCGCCCCGCCGCCCCCGGCCCGAGCCCCGGCGCGCCGCUGCCCCGGCCGGCGCUGGCAGCCAGCGGGCGCGUCCUGCCGCCGGUGACCGCCUCUACCGCAGGAAGGACGAGGCCGAGGGGCACGUGGAAGCCACCGCCGUCACCGCGGGGCAGGGGGUGUGCCAGCCGCCCCCCCAGCCCGGCCCGGCCGCAGGUACCAACCAGCGCCCUGGGGUGGUCUCGUGGGUAG